UGCCCACACUGCAAAGACGGUCCAACGCCCACUCCUCACACGCACAACACGGGCGACUCGUACAUCCAGCAAAGCAUCGAGACACCACCCCCGCUCUCGACCAGAGCCCCCACGACAAUCAUGAACUCGUCCCCGUCAGGCCCGCACAUCGUCUACAUUGUUACCGACACGUGCUACCCGACAGCCCACAGUUUCGAGGCCAACAUUGGCAAUACGCACAUAAUUUCCGUGCACUCGACAAAGGCUGCUGCCAACAGCCGUGCCAAGAAGAUCAUCUACGACAACGACAGUGGAUGCACCGUUGACAUUGACAAGAUUAUCGAGGAGGUGAAGCAAGGUCUUUACAUUGGCAUCGGCGUCGGUGGCAAGGAGGAAAAGGACGGAUGUUGUUUUGCCAGGAAGUGCGAAGUCGAAGGCAAGAUUGUCGACGAGGACAGCGACAGCGAAGAGACGAGCGGCGAGAGUGGAGACAGCGACUUGAUAGAUGCCAAUGGUGAUGGAGACGGUGACUUGGACGUU